GGAAGCACACAAUUACUGAGAGAAGGAAGGAAGGAAGACAUUGCUAAAGCGUUGUUAAGGGAGAAAGCGGAGGAGGAGAAGGAGAUUUUGCAAGCAAGCAAGCAAGCAAGCAAGCAAGCAAGCAAGCAAGCAAACAGCCUUGAAGACGACGCCGUGCCAUGCCCUAGAAAGUGACCUUUGUUUGAUAUCCAUCAUCCCUCCCACAUUUGCUUGCUUUCCUGCCAGAUUCUUCUGCAUUCGUUCGUGUUUAUGGUGAUGGUCGCUGCUUAGGCUUUGUUCAGGACAUUGUGUGAAGGGGACCAAGGAUUUUGGUAUGGGACUGAGGGGCUGUGACUCGGGUUUCAAUUCGAACUCGAGAAACAAGAAGUGGGUGGGCUGAUUAGGAGGGUUUUUGAACAAGGUGUGGGUUGGAGUUUGUAGGUAAUGUAUAGGUACAAGAUCAUCAGGUUGCAGACCGGCUUUUGCUUAAGGACUUUCGGGCAAGUGAUACUGGAGUGUAGAUGGUGUAAUCCGUUGAGCUCGCAAGUCAAACGCAGUAAUAUCCCAGUGUGUAGAGAGUGAGUGCAAUCUACCCUUCCCAUCUUAAUGUCGUUGCCAGAUGCUCAGUUGUUGCUAAGACAUUGUGUGUCCUCAGAACUAAACACGUUAAGAAACGAAAGUGUGAAAGGUCCAGAAGUUUUAUAGUGGAACAAGAACAUAAUGGGCGCCACAGGACCGUCGGGAGGUUUCGACAUCCAUAAUUUCUUCAACAAUCCACCUCCGAGCCCAUAUCCUCCUCCCCAGUACUCAUCUCACCCUCCUUAUCCCGCUGCUCAAUUCCCUCAGAAUUCAGGACCUUUUCCCACCAACUCGGGCUCUUUUCCCAGCAUGCCUCCUCAGAAUUUUCAGUACAGUUCGUCACAACAGCAGCAGGAGCAGACUCAAGUAUUCCAUCCUUACAUGCACUAUCAGCAGGAGCAUGGACAGCGGCCGUCAAGCUAUACCACCGCGCCCUACAACCAGCAUCAGCAGCAGCAACAGGUUCAGUUUCCCCCUCCGGGUGCUCUGAACUCCCUCCAUGGGAACCCUCCUCUUUCAUCUCUUCCUUUGUCUUCUUUGUCUCAAGGCAGUGGCGGCCCAAACCAGGCACCAUCCUCUCCUUUGGAUGGCGCCCGCCUUAUGGCUCUUUUGACAACACAUGGCGGAGCUGAGGCUCCUAGCAGCGACGACGGUUCCCUGGUGUCAGGGGUCCAGCAAAGCGGCGGUGAACGACCUCGAUCGACUCAGGAUGGUAGCCAGGAUGUUUCUAUCCCUCCACCUGCGCUGGCUCCGGCAUUGCCCACAGCACCUCCCGCCCCAGCUGCUCAAAUGACUCCCACCGCGUCUGGUAGAGCGUCGAGCGGCAAGCAACCACGCGGUCGGCAUUUGUGGGGAGAUCACGUCGUGUACGACGUGGAUGUUCGUAAACCCGGAGAGGCGCAGCCCCAGUUGGAAGUGAGUCCUAUUACAGUUUAUGGAUCCGAUCCACAGCUGGUGGUCGGACGGCAAAUUGCGGUGAACAAAAAGUACAUAUGUUAUGGAUUGCGGCAAGGGACGAUUCGCAUCCUGAACAUCAACACGGCAUUGAGAGCGCUACUUCGAGGCCAUACGCAGAGAGUGACGGACAUGGCGUUUUUGUCGGAAGAUCAGCACCUUCUUGCAAGCGCAAGUGUGGACGGUCGCAUUUAUGUGCGACGGAUUUUGGAGGGACAAUCCGCCGAGGGCAGCAAGGUACUCAUCACAGAGCAGAUAUUGCUAGCCAUCCAAUUCGUCGGGGGCUGGGAAUCGUGCCAUCCGCGCGUAUGCUGGAAUCUGCAAACGGAGGAUGUGUUGGAGGUGGCGAUCGGGCCGUAUGUCCUGAGCAUAGAUGUUGGGAAGGUGCAGCAGGCUGCACCUCCAGGGGGGUUUUUGGUGGACCAACCUCUCCAAUGUCAGGUGGAGAAUCCAGUGGAAGGAGUAUGUGUGGUGGGUGGUCACGAUGGGACUGUGACGGAUUUGGCAGUGCCAUCGUUUUCUACCUCCAGGGUGGCAUCGGCCUCACAAGAUGGCACGGUGCGCAUAUGGGGGGACACCAGCGGCAUCCCAUUGCUGAGUAUCAUGCCCCAUGGUGGAGAUGCAGUGUGUGCAGUGGCCUUUUUGUCAGCACCACGGCGUCCUGACCAUCAUGUUUUGCUCACUGCGGGACCAUUGAAUAGAGAGUUGAAACUGUGGGCACCCUCGAGUGGUCCGGAGGAGUCACCGUCAAAGGUAGGUACAGGUACAGGAGCGUGGCGCUGCAUACAGACGCUGGAGUUUCAGAGCUCGGAUGUUGCUGAUGGGUAUUAUGAGGAUACGAUUUUUAACCAGUUGGUCGUAGCCUCCCGUGCUAGCCUGAUUUUGCUGGCAAAUGCGAAGAAGAACGCCAUAUAUGCGGUCCACGUGGAAUUUGGGCACAACCCAGCGGCUGCACGAAUGAACUACCUGGCGGAGUUUUCUGUGAAAAUGCCGAUUCUGAGCUUGACAGUUGCCGAAGACAGCGUGACGGAGGCUGGAGAAGGCAAGGUUCAGAUCUACUGUGUCCAGACACAGGCCAUUCAACAGUAUGGUCUGGACGUGUCACAGUGUUUGCCGCCCGUGGAGGGCAGCAUGACGGAAACUCCAGGAACUCCCGAACGCUCAGUUUUGCCUGGUGCACAGGAUUCUGGGCGAUCCGAUCAAACCGGCGUCCCCGACUUGAUAGACAUGGGACCUGCAUCCGGUGUGAGCACGGGGGCGUCCAGUACACCCAACGUGAGCGUUCCUGCAAGGAACCCAGCUGUGUCUUCCGCUUUCGGAAGUCCAGUGGAAGUUGGUCGGUUGGAGGUGCCAUCCGCACAUCACGUGGAGAAGAGUAUAGCAGUAGACUUCAAUGCGUUGUUGCAAAGUUCCACAAAGGCGCAGAAUAAGGAAAGCGGGAAAGCUAGUUCGGGGUUCUCAUCAAGCGCAGAGCUCCGGACGCAAAUGUCCGGCAAAGCCGAGUCGACACCUGCAGGCAAUACAAAGCCUCCCACUUCUAGGCGAUCGCGAUCAAGGAGUCCAACCAGGGCUCCCGAUUCGCACCACGUCUCGAUGGGGUCUAAGCAGAAGGGAGAGGAUAUUCAGGAGAUGAGACCAGAGGCACCACCUUUGAUGCCACCCCUUGAUGUGUCGAAUCUGGACAGGGCGCAGUCCAAUUCAAGCAGCACUUCUGCAGAGGAGGUUUUGGACAGAGUACAGGAGAAGGGCGCUCUUGCAGACAGCGCCAGUGUGAAGUCUUCCAAUUCAUCGCAGCAAGGAGGUCAGCAUCAAGGUCUUCAUUUGAUAACUCCUUCGGAGUUGAUGAACUUGGCAGCCGGGUCUAAGCAUGGUGAAGCCUACGGUGCGCCUCUUUCAGUUCCCGGGCAAGAACAAAGUAGUAGGGAUGGAAAGGCACCGCUAUCCAAGGGUAGUGGCAGUACCGACGGGUUUAUUGGCAUGGACUCCAACGUGGACAUGGAGAAGGAGGUAGUGGAGUCGAAAGUCUCGGUCGUUGAGGAUGACAUCAGUGGAAAGGAGGUUCUGGUGUCUUCCUUAUUGGAGUCUCUAGAGACAACUCAAAUGAUGGGGAAUGAUUACGUGGACAAGGAGCCCUCAGUGCCCCAGGAUAGCAUGGAUCGAUAUGCAGGAGAGAACUCGCAGGUGGAAGAGGGCGAGGUUUCAGAAGAUAAGGAGAGACCCUUGAUUGGUACGGAGGACGUGAACGACAGGCUGAGGGACCUGAGUUUCAGGGAUGGUGGCGGCGAGGCGGCUCUACCCCCUCCUCAGGCAGCAAUUGCAAAGGGGAGAAAGAACAAAAAUAAGACGAGCGCGGGUGGGAUUGGGUCUAGCUCCGUAUUAUCCUCACAGAUGCCAAGCAUGAUGGCGUCUGGAUUAAAGCCAGUAGGCGAAGCCAGCCAUGGCAUGAAUCCGGUUCCAGCGUCGACGCCGACAUCAGCAGUAGCACCUGCUCCCACUCCCAUCGACCCUGCUUUUCUUGCUCAGGUGGCUUCAAUGCAAGAGUCGCUGAACCAGUUGGUGAGCAUGCAGAAGGAGAUCCAGAAGCAGAUGACUGUGAUGGUGGCUGUGCCUGUUGCGAAGGAGGGCAAACGGAUGGAAGGGGCGUUAGGGCAGCGGAUGGAGAAGGUGUUGAAAGCACAUGUGGAUGCCAUGUGGGCACGGUUGGCGGAGGAGAAUGCGCGGAGGGAGAAGCAGGAGCGCGAGAGAGUGCAGCAGGUGACGACGAUGCUCACGAAUUUUGUGAGCAAAGACAUGCCGGUCGCUUUGGAGCGCGGAGUCAAGAAGGAAUUCGCCGCGAUCGGUCCAGUUGUGGCGCAGGCGGUUCUCCCUCCCCUUCACAAAGCGGUUUCGACAACCGUGGCCGAGUCGUUUCAGGGUUUUACAGAGAAAAUGUUGCCCCAGCUGGAGAAAUCGGUGGGCGCGAAGCUGGAGGGGACAGUGACGCGGCAGAUACAGACCCAGUUUCAAACGAUUGGUCGACAAGUUUUGCAGGAGGCAUUGCGUAGUUGCUUUGAAAGCACAGUACUUCCGGCUUUCGAGCGGACAUGCAGAACCAUGCUCGACCAUGUGGAGUCGUCGUUCCAGCAUGGCAUGUCGGAGUAUACUCAGCAUGCUCAGGAGCAACUUCUGUCGUCUCACUCUGAUCUUGCUUCCACGUUGAAGGACACCGUGGCAUCGGCAACCGUGCUUGCGGACUCGUUGAAGGGCGAAUUAGCAGAGGGUCAGAAGAAACUUAUGGCACUUGCAGAGAGCGCGAGUGCAAAUGCAGCUCGCGCUCUGCCUGCUAACAACCAGAUCAAUGGCGGCCUUCCUGACAAGGUCCGCAUCCAUGUGCUUUCGUUGCAGCAUCUGGAGGAGUCGCUGGAUCCUACAAUCGAGCUUUCAAGACUUUUGAAGGAGAACAAGCUCGAAGAGGCGUUCAACAAGGCUCUGUCUUUGAGCGACGUAGCAGUCGUGUCGUGGCUUUGCAUGCAGUUGGACGAGGAUCAUCUUUUCAGAAAAGUGCCACUACCUCUGAGUCAAGGAGUGCUGCUGUCGUUAGUACAGCAGCUGGGCUGCGAUCUGGGCAAAGAUACAGACCGGAAGUUAUCUUGGAUCCGGGAGGCGGCACUGGCACUGAACCCGGAGGACCCGUUGUUGGCUCCACACAUGCGACCCUUUUUACAACAGCUGUACCAGAGCUUGCACCGGCAAUUGUCGCUGAGUUCGGUUCCAGGAGAGCAGGUGAAUUUGAGACUUGUCAUGCACGUGGUUCACUCGUUGUUAACAUCUUGCAAGCAAUGAGGUAGAUGCGGGCACACACCUGCCAGCUGAAGUGAGGGAUCAUGGUUGAACCCAGUAGGGAGAGAUCCACCGGGGCCAAGUGGAAAGAUGAAGGACUAGACACCCACGCAUUCGGAGCUUUCUGGUCGAUUUAGUGAUGGUUCCAAAUUUUUGAUUGCGAGGGUUUUUGAUUAUCGUUGGAGUGGUUGUGUUUGAAAGCGUUGGUGGUGGUGGAGGUAGAGGUUACGUGGAAGAUGUGGAAUGCUAGUCACUACAUUGGUUUCUGAUGGUUAAACCUUGGAAACUAAUUCCAAAUUCUUGGCCAGAGGGGUGACAAUGUCGAAAUUUGUACAAACACAUGGGUUGCAUUUUGGACAAUCUAAGCUACAUGGUUGUAUGUGGUCUGAAAUUUGUUUUCGCCUCCUCAA